AUGGCAGUCCUCAGCUCCAUGUUGCUGCCACUCUGGCUGUUUCUAUGCUGCGGGCUACUGUGUUCUUCUGCCAGCUCUGCAGACGACAUUGACAACUGCGUCCUCUUCAGUGAGGUCAUCACCACUGGCCAAGGCAUCAUGGCCAAUUCAGAUGUCUAUGAAAGCAACACAAACUACACAGUAUGGGUUCCCGUGAAUGCCAGCAUUAGCUCUGUGGUCCUGCGAGCCGUGGAUGCGAACAACAACUCACUGGGCCUCUGGGAGAAAGCAGACGAGGUUUGCCGCAACAGCGCCCUGUAUCGCCUGGAUAACCAGAGGGACCAGAUCUUCAUGGCAAACUGGGUAUCUCCUAACUCGACGAACAUAACCACAGUCACGCUACAAGCCUUCAGUAUUAAUUUCUAUGAUACGGCUACAUUUUCUUCUCUGCAACUAGGAAGAAAAGACACAACUACUUCCCAGAUCUCUACAACCAGGACAAACCCACACCCUACCUCAACAACAGGACACAUCUACACAACAAGAACAACUCCACACUCAACUGCAACAAGAAAAUACCUCUCCACAACCACAACAACCGCACACCCAACCCCAAUGACAAGACACUUCUUCACAGCCAGGACAACCCCAUACCCAGUCCCAAGGACAACCAGCUUGGCCAACAGAACCUUCCUCUGCCCCAUCACAAGUGCCAUUCAGAUCCUGCUAGUGUUUCUCACCAGCAAACUCCUCUCCUAG